GUGUGUGAGAUGGUGCAAAGGGGCUGAUAUUUCGCUGAAAUCUGGAAUGAAUUUGCUCAAAUAGUUCGCCAUGCCAAGGAACCUCUGUAAGCUGGGCACAUCCGUGGGUGCUGGAAGCUCAUUAAUAGCACUGGUUUUCACUGGAUCCGUUUUCAGGCCGUCCUUGGUAAAAAUAUGGCCUAGGUAUUAUACCUCAUUCACUGAAUCUGCAUUUUUUGGGAUUGAGUUUGAGAAGGAUGGCCUCGGCACACUUCAUUACUUUUGUCAGAUUGGUAUCGUGUUCCUCAAUCAUUUUUCCAGCAAUGAGGAUAUCGAUGGAUCAUGGGUAUCCAUGGAUUGUUGAAAUACUUCACUGGCAGAACUUAUACCAAAAGGCAUCCUCAAAAAUUCAUAUAGUCGGAACGGAACGGAGUACUGAAAGUUGUCAGCUUGGAGGAUUUAUGUUCCAGUGGAAUCUGCCAGAAUGAACUCUUGGUAUCUAGCACUGUGAAUACAGUUGCUUCAGCCAUCUGCCCCGCAAUCUCGUCCACAGAGCACAUUGGAUAUCGUAGUCUCUUAAUUGCUGUAUUUAAGUCCUUGGGGUUAAUACAAAUCCGUAUCUCAUCUUUAUUCUUCUUAGUAGCGACAACCAUUGAGGAGACCCAGACACAGUGAGUGUUCAGUUAUGAGAGUAAUCACACCAAGAGCCACCAUUCUGUUAAAUUCACUUUGUACACGAUCUCGCAUAGCAUGGGGAAUUCUGUGAGCCGGACAAACAACUGGGAUUGCCUCAGGGUCAAUAGUAAUCGUGUAUCUCACAGGCAACCUCCCCAACUCGUUGUUAAACAAUUCCUUGUGUUAAAAUGUGAUGUGUAAAAUCACAGUCUACAGUCAGUGGGCAGGCUGAAGGAAAUUAAACCCAUGUCAUGGCAUGCAUCGGCACCCAGUAUGGAUGGUGCCUUCUCGAUUACCACGUAGAAGUCCAGGAUAUGGUCACACGCGUUGAGACGGCAACGUAACUUUACUUGGCCAAUAGGGUGUAGUGGAGCACCGUUAAACGAGAUAAGUGAUGCAGUCAUCUGAGUUAGAGUUUCUAUGUUUUGCAGCUGUUGGAAGACAGCCAGUGAAAUUGCGUUGCAGCCUGCCCAACCUCUCCGUAUAGCUCAGGCCCUCAAGUCCUGGCAACAUCCUUGUAAAUCUUCUCUGUACUCUUUCCAGCUUAACAUCUUUCCUAUAGCAGGGUGACAAAAAAAGAACACUGCUCCAAAUGUGACCUCACCAACUUGUAGAUGUUGGGAAGGAGUUGGGAAGUCUAAAGUGAGUUGCACACCGUAGAAUAUGAACAUAAAAUAUUUGUGUGGCUGAUCCAGUUUAAGUUUCCCACCUCUAUUCUAUUAAUGAGUUGUAUUACCAUAUAAGCAGUGGUAAUGCCUAGAAUGUUAAGUGCAAGUGGUGUUGAAGAUGAUCACUGCCUGGAAGAUCAUUGCUUGCUAUUACCAGCCCAAAUCUGUCCUUUGCUUGGGUCUGGAUGCACACAGGUGUGGGUACCUUUUUGGCUUGGGAAUUGUGAAUGCAACUGAACAUUAUGCUAUUAUCGCAGAGCUCCUCCCACUUCUGUCGUGGGUAGACUGACUCUUUCCCCCCCCCCCAAAUCUUUGCACAUCCUCGUCCUGGAUUUUUUCACUCGAUACUUUAAUUUCAUGUCUGGUUGCAGACCAAUUUCCAUCCGGGAUAAAUAAAGUUGUAUCUUAUCGUGUGGAAUAUAUUUUUCAAUGUCCUUCUCUCUCCUCUCCCCAAAUGGGGUAAAUGUAGUUCCACGUGAUGGGAUAUAAUUGAACAAUCACCCACAGUCUUCCAUUAUUUUCAUUCUCUGUGGUCAUCUGCAAAACUCUUUGUAUCACCAUGCAUUAAUCACUAGGGGAAAUGUAACACUAGCUCAUAAAGUAGGAACACCUGCUGAUUUCCACAUCGUGCCCCAGAAAUGCUGACACCAAUUUGGCAUGUGAACCAUUGCUGCAGCCAACAACUAUACAUAUUCAAACAAAUGCUUAAUGGGCCUUGAGGCAGUGGCACUGAUAUAAAGAAUGACUCAUUUUCUGCCGUACCAUCUUAAUUCAAUGCUUCCUGCCUUUAUAACACAUUUAAAUAGUUGACAACGCAGACAAGAUUAUGACAAUGCUUUCUUUUUUUUCAGUGCUAUUUGUUCCACAUGUAUGUGGGCGUAAGAGCUGGAGGUGGCAUUGGAGAUGAAAUUGAAGAUCCUGCUGGUCAUCCUUCUGAAAUGUACCGAAUUAUCUUUGACAUCACAUUCUUCUUCUUCGUCAUUGUCAUCCUACUAGCCAUUAUUCAGGGUUUGAUUAUUGAUGCUUUUGGGGAGCUGAGAGACCAACAGGAGCAAGUGCGAGAAGACAUGGAGACCAAAUGCUUUAUUUGUGGAAUUGGCAAUGACUACUUUGACAGGACACCACAUGGUUUUGAAAUACAUACUUUGCAAGAGCACAACCUUGCAAAUUACCUAUUCUUCAUGAUGUACCUCAUUAACAAAGAUGAAACUGAACACACUGGUCAAGAGUCUUUUGUAUGGAAGAUGUAUCAAGAGCGCUGUUGGGAUUUUUUCCCUGCUGGAGAUUGUUUCCGUAAACAAUACGAGGAUCAGCUUGGAUAAAUGAAAAUAUUGCUUGAACUUACCUACUGAAUGAACGCAUGGAAUUUGGCAUGAAUGUAUAAUGGAGCAAACAGAUAUUUGCUGUUGCAAAUCAAAAUCAAAAUAAAUGUGAAAGAUGUUGAAAAUACAACCGUCUUAAACAGUGAUAUUCAACUUUUAAGUACACAAAGUGUAACACUUAACAGAUUUGGAGUUACUAUUAAGAUAUUGAAGUUAAUCUUUUCUGUAGCUUUUGGCUAACUGAUUAAACAGAACCACCUUGUCAUAAAUUGCAAAAAAAAGCAUCAAAAUAAAUUGUGCCUUACCUUUAGCCAAUGCUAAGUAACAACAUGUUCUGUUUUCUAGUGUAUGCUCCUCAAAAAAAAAAGCUAAGUUAGAAUUUGUUCACAAUGUUGAGUCUUAUUGUAUGCUGUACGAAUAUGUUGACUGAUCUCUGCUUGCCAAGGCAGCAGCUGAGCUGUUAAUUUAUAACUUUUUUCCGGAUAUGGCAUUCAAUUUAAUGAAAUGCUAUAACCCUUACAUUUUUAAUGUGCAUUGGCUGUGGUGUACAUCUUUUCUUCAAAUUAAAAGUAAUCAGCCUAAAAGCUUCAAUUUAAAAUAAUUCAACCAUGCUAUCUACAGUAUAAUACAGUUUUGAAAUAAAGCAAUUGAAAUUCAAUAAUGUAUCUUUUGUAGAAAAAUAUGCCUUUGUUUAAUGAGAAUAAUGACAGUGCAUCAUUUUGUAACAGCUGAUGCUGGAGCACAUUGAAGGCACAGAAUAAAUAUCUCUUUGGCCAUGAA